AUAUCGCGUUUCCCAACCGUCGAUCCUUCACUCUUUUUGAAUCCAAACGCACAUAAUCUCUCCUCCGCAUCCUCCCAGCAAUCCCCACAACUCCAUGGCUUGGCGCCUCUUCUCCUCCAAACCCAAAAGCCUCCCUCACCUCCCAACCCCAAGCCCCAAGCUAAAACCCUACUCACCCUUAAAACCCUUCCCCCAAUCUUUUCUCUUCACGUCCCCAUUCUCCACUUCCUUCCUCAGAACCAAAACUCCCAAAAAGUACAGGAAGAAGCGCAAGAAGAAGGAAAGCCCCAGAACCAAACUGGUCCAGCAUGAGGCCUCCCGCCUCCCCCACUUUGAAACCUUCGUCCAGCGCGACGCCUUCUUCCGGUUCCUCACCAGAACCAAGGAGUUCCUCUCCAAGCAGCCGGAGCACGUCCUCCGCCUCGACGACGCCGGCAAGCUCCACCGCGAACUCGGCUUCCCCCGCGGCCGCAAAGUCGUCCGCUCCAUUGAGCGCCACCCGCUGCUCUUCCAGACCUACCGCCACACCGACGGUAAAAUGUGGUUCGGGUUCACAGAUUUGAUGGAGGACUUGAUUGAGGAGGAGAGGUCGAUUAUGGAGUCCAUGGAGGCUGAUAGGGUCACGAAAGUGCGUAAAUUGCUUAUGAUGUCUGCGAAAAAGCGAAUACCUUUGAGUAAGAUUUAUCAUACUAGGCUUUUAUUCGGAAUUCCUGAAGAUUUUCGGGACCGGGUCGCUAAGUACCCGAAUUACUUUAGAACGGUUGUUGAGGAUGAUGGGCGGAGAGUGCUUGAGCUUGUCAAUUGGGAUCCACUGUUGGCCGUGAGUGUAGUUGAGAAGGAGUUUAUGGUUGACGAAGAUAGAGUGAAGAAGGCAUUUAAGUUUCCGGUGAAGCAUGGGAAGUCAUUGGAUUUGGAUGAGGAUGAUGCGAGGAAGUUGAAUUUGCUGAACACGCUUCCUCUUGUUUCGCCCUACUCAGAUGGGUCGAGUUUGGAUCUUUGGACUCUGGAAGCGGAAAAGUACAGGGUUGGGCUGUUGCAUGAGUUUUUGAACUUGACAUUGGAGAAGAGGGCUUCCAUACAUCACAUUGUUGAGUUCAAGGAGGAGUUUAGUCUUACAAAGCAUACUUAUCAGAUGCUUUUGAAGCAGCCACGGACAUUUUAUUUGGCAGGAACAGAGAUGAAUUGGGUUGUUUUCUUGCGAGGUGCAUACGGUGAAAAUAGAGUUUUGAUUAACAAGGAUCCACAAGUUGUUUUCAAUGAGAAGUUGUUCAAAUUUGCAGAAAUGCAAUCAGAGGGCAGCAUCACAAAAAGAUGAUAGGAAGAUUUGCUGCACCAUUUAAGUUUUUAUUUGGGGACUUAUGCAUGUUCAGAGUUUUUGGAGAUUGGCUCGUGAGGGGAACUGAUCCAUUUUCUUUGUGCUGUUGAAAUGGUAUAAAAAUGUUGGGGCAGACCUGAAAUGACUAAAGGACAAAGUGAAUUAAGGUCAACCUUCUAUUGUACAUGGAUAAGGUAUCUUACCUUCUUUUUGCAUAGAAAAGACGUCUUGACAGAUCCUUAGCAUUGUUAUAACUCAUCUUUGUAUCAAUUUUUUCUCCAUAAAAAAUUAUGAAUGAUUUGUGUCCA